GAACGCACUCUGGGCUGCCUCCGCUGGGGGUCCGGUGGGGGUCCACUGGCGUAGACCUGCCAUCAGGCUCAGGGCCUGGGCUGUGUGGUUGUGUCUCCUGUGCCUCUCCAGGCUCUCUCUCUGGGCCCUCUCCCUGCCCCUGCCCUGUGUGCUCACUGCUUACACUUCACUCUUUAUCCUCUUGCUGGAUUAAGUUUGGAGCAGAGAUUCUGGAGGAAAAACACAGUCCUGACCAGUGAGCGUUUCCUUCCUUCCAGGGCUGGUGCAGACUUGGGCCAUGCCCACCCGCUUCCUCCCUGACAUCCAGUGCUGCCCACAUCCCUCCCUGUCCCCUCAGUGCCUGCUGUCCCUAAUGUGCCCUGGGCUUCAGGUCUGUGCCCAGGUGCCCUGCCUGGCCCCUCUCGGUGCUGCCUCUAGGUGACCACAUUCCUGCAACCCCGUGACCACAACAGGGGACAUUACACAUUCCUGGCCUGGCAGCCAAUGGUGUAAAAAAGAACAGAAUGUCCCAGGGCCCCGCCCAACCUUCAGCUUCACCUGGGCCCCUCCCUGGCCUGGACAAGGUAGGGGGUGGUAGUGAGGAGUCAGGAGGGAAGAAGAUGGAGGGAGAGGCAGAGGGGUGCUCUGUGCUCCAGGGCCCAGUGGGGCCAGGAGGUGUUCCCACUUUAUUGAGCAGGGAGGACACUUGCAGAUACCCCUUCUUCUUCUACAAGACCUGGGGGUGAGGCUGAUCCAGGGGUGCCUUUGGAAGGAGUCCCCAGGGAGGGGACUUAGCUCCUGGAAGCCCACUUGGGGCUUCUUCCCCUUGAUCUCCUGCCAGGGAGGGGAGAGUCCUUUCAGGGCUGGCUCUCUGGUCUUCAGCCUCAUUUCUCUGCUUCUCCUCCAACUCUGUCCUCCCUCCCAGGCGUCCAUCCUGUCCUCCAUGGAUCUCCUUUUUUCUGCCUUCCCUGUUCUCCUAGUCUCCCCCGCUUUAGUCCCCCUCAUCCUGGUUGGUUCGUUUUCUUUGUUUUGCCCUCCUGGCUUGGUGUUCCGGAUUCCUGUCCUUGUCCAUGAUCUCCGGCCCUCCCCUGUCAAUCUGUCUCCGGUCUCCUUGUCUGUCAGCCCCCCACCGUUACUCAUGGCGGGGGGGCUGUCUCUCACCUUCUCUCCAGUCCCAGGACUCCCGGGGCACCUUGCCCUCAGAGCUCUCCUUCCUUUGGAGAACUCUCAGCUCAGACUCCUCCUUUGUCCCUCCCCCUGCCCUGCUCACCUUUAAUUGAGAUGCUAAUGAGGCUUCUGUCGCUUCCAUCCCAGCUUGGCGGGCGGGCUCCCCAGCCUGGCCGCUGCACCUGUCAGGUGAGGGGGAGGAGAGGCUCGCCUGCCAGAUUCAACUGGAAAGGAACCAGUCCCAGUCCAGCCACAACCAGGGAGCUGGGAGUAGGAGGCAGUUCAGACCUCCUGGAGGCCUUCAGUCCCUGGGACAGAGAGGGAGUUCGGGACCCGGCCCAAGGCCAGGGCCAGACACACAGCACAGAGCCCACCGAGACUGAGAGGGGCAAGGCGGGGAGGAAGAGGAAGAGAGGCAGGGUCAGAGAGCCUGGAACACAGACAGGAGACAGGCAAGGAAGAAGAGAGCUGAGAAAGAGACCCAAAGAGAAGCAGAGAGAGAGAGAGAGAGAGAGAGAGAGCGCUGGGACACAGAGGUCCUACAGAAGGGACUAAAGAUAGGGCGGACUGACAGCUGAGGAGACAGAAAGGGAGGUGCAGGGGCAGAACCCCGAAGGGUAGCUUCCCAGAGAAGCCGAGCCGCAUCUCUUCUGGCCCGGACUCCCGCAGGCUCAUGAAAGGACAGCAGCGGGAGGAGCAGGGGCUGGGCCCCGAACCCGCGGCGCCCCCGCAGCCCACGGAGGAGGAGGAGGCCCUGAUCGAGUUCCACCGCUCCUACCGAGACCUCUUCCAGUUCUUCUGCAACAACACCACCAUCCAUGGCGCCAUCCGCCUGGUGUGCUCCCAGCACAACCGCAUGAAGACGGCCUUCUGGGCCGUGCUGUGGCUCUGCGCCUUCGGCAUGAUGUACUGGCAGUUUGGCCAGCUCUUCGGGGAGUACUUCAGCUACCCCGUCAGCCUCAACAUCAACCUCAACUCCGACAAGCUCGUCUUCCCCGCCGUCACCAUCUGCAACCUCAAUCCCUACAGGUACACGCAAAUUAAAGAGGAGCUGGAGGAGCUGGACCGCAUCACAGAGCAGACGCUCUACGACCUGUACAAAUACAACUCCUCCAACACCCUGGGGGCCCAACCCCGCGGUCGCCGCGACCUCCGGGAGACCUGGCCGCACCCCCUGGAGCGCCUGGCGGUCCCGGCCCCGCCCUCCCGGGCCCGCCCAGCCCGCAGCGCCGCCUCCAUUGUGCGGGACAACAACCCCCAAGUGAACUGGAAGGACUGGAAGAUCGGCUUCCAGCUGUGCAACCAGAACAAAUCGGACUGCUUUUACCAGACUUACUCGUCAGGGGUGGAUGCAGUGAGGGAGUGGUACCGCUUCCACUACAUCAACAUUCUCUCGCGCCUGGGGGACACUUCUCCGUCCCCGGGGGAGGACAUGCUGGACAACUUCAUCUUCGCCUGCCGCUUCAACCAGGCCUCCUGCAAUCAGGCGAAUUACUCUCACUUUCACCACCCGAUGUAUGGGAACUGCUACACUUUCAAUGGCAAGAACAACUCUAACCUCUGGAUGUCUUCCAUGCCCGGGAUCAAAAAUGGCCUGUCCCUGACGCUGCGCACAGAGCAGAAUGACUUCAUCCCGCUGCUGUCCACGGUGACUGGGGCCAGGGUGAUGGUGCACGGGCAGGAUGAGCCUGCCUUCAUGGACGACGGCGGCUUUAACUUGCGGCCUGGCGUGGAGACAUCCAUCAGCAUGAGGAAGGAAGCCCUGGACAGACUUGGGGGCAACUAUGGUGACUGUACCAAGAAUGGCAGUGAUGUCCCUGUGGAGAACCUUUAUCUUUCCAAGUACACACAGCAGGUGUGUAUCCGCUCCUGCUUCCAGGAGAACAUGAUCAAGGAGUGUGGCUGUGCCUACAUCUUCUAUCCGCUGCCCAAGAAUGUGGAGUUCUGUGACUACAGGAAGCAUAAUUCCUGGGGUUACUGUUACUAUAAGCUUCAGGAUGCCUUUUCCUCGGACCGUCUGGGCUGUUUCACCAAGUGCCGGAAGCCAUGCAGUGUGACUGGCUACAAGCUCUCUGCCGGUUAUUCACGAUGGCCCUCAGUGACAUCCCAGGACUGGAUCUUCCGGAUGCUAUCCCGACAGAACAAUUAUACCAUCAGCAACAAAAGAAAUGGGGUUGCCAAACUCAACAUCUUCUUCAAGGAGCUGAAAUACAAAACCAAUUCUGAGUCUCCCUCUGUCACGAUGGUCACCCUCCUGUCCAACCUGGGCAGCCAGUGGAGCCUGUGGUUCGGCUCCUCGGUGCUCUCUGUGGUGGAGAUGGCUGAGUUCGUCUUUGACCUCCUGGUCAUCACGUUCCUCAUGCUGCUCCGGAGGUUCCGAAGCCGAUACUGGUCUCCGGGCCGAGGGGGCAGGGGUGCCCAGGAGGUGGCCUCCACUCCAGCUUCCUCCCUCCCCUCCCAUUUCUGCCCCUACUCCACAUCCCUCUCCUCACCCCCACCAGGCCCUGCCACCUUCUCAGCCUUGACAGCCCCCCCGCCUGCCUAUGCCACUCUGGGCCCCUGCCCUUCUCCAUCCAGCUUGGUGCGGACUGACUACUCUGCCUAUACUCUGGAGGAGCCCUGCGUGGGAAGGAGUGUGUCCCCCAUCCACCCAAGGCAGGCGCUUCCCCUGGUGGGAGGGGACCAGGCUUGGCAGGAUGAGAGAAAGUUUGGGGACUUCCUCUCAGAACUGCCCCACUGCCUUUGGUGUGGGGGAGGGAAGCAGGGUGGACAAGGGGCUACAGAAAUUGCCCAGUGAACAGGGGUCAAGGAACCUGCCCGGAAUUGCCCUGUCUUCCGCCCUGUCCCCUCUGGUCCUGCUUCUAGAAGAUGCUGAUUUCCCUGCCCGAGCGCAAAGAAGUCCACUUUUCCCUUGGAUCAGCCAGGCCAAACUUGGAGCUUCGACAAGGAACCUUCCUAGGAAACCACUGGCGACCGGAAACAAAAACAAGGGCACACAAAGGCAUGCACACGUCCUACCCAGAGAUGACUGAAGCCAACCCUGGGCCUCGCCACGCUGCUUUCCAGUGACAUGUUUGCUCCUCUUCUUGAACUUGAGUGGGGAACCCCACCCAAAAGCCCCCUUUGUUAGUUCUUGGGCAAUUCUCCUUCCCAGGGCAGGGGCUGGAGCAGACCGACCUAGUAAAGGCUUGGCCAUGCCUAGUUGGCCCCAGGACUCUUCCAGCCUCAUCUACCCUGCGCCCCAACAGAGCCAUACCCCAGUGCCUCUGCGUCCUUCAUACCUCUGCAUAUUGGCCCGAGUUCUUUCCUCAGCCUGAAGCCUUCCACACCAUCUGGAGAGUUCCUAUGCAUCCCUUACAACCCUAUUCUGGCACCACUACUUCUGUGAAGAGUUCUGCUCCUUCUUGUCUUCCCCAGAGUUGAUCUCUUCCCUCUCCCCUGGACUCCCAUAGCACGGCAUAACAUCUGUUGGAGGGUUUAUGUUGGCUUAUGCUUUCUUGUUCCUUUGUGUCCACCUGCCCAGCUAGACUGUGAGCUCCUUGUGAUCAGGGACAGAGUCUUGUUCAUUUAUGUAUCCUCAGGGUCUAGCCCAGUGUCCCGCUUGGAGCAAGUAGGCAGGUGCUCAAUAAACGUUUGCUGCAUAA